GGCGCCCUCCUCCUCCUGGGGCUGCUGCUGGCCCUGCCACCUGCCGCCCAGGGGCUCCCCGAUGUUGGCCUCUCAGCUGCGCAGACUGCCCAUCAGCACCCCCAGAAGCACUUCGCACAAGGCACCCUCAAACCUGCCGCUCACCUUGUUGGAGACCCCAGCGCCCGGCACGCGCUGCGCUGGAGAGCGAGCACGGACCGCGCCUUCCUGCGCCACGGCUUCGCCCUGCGCAACAACUCGCUGCUGGUGCCCGCCAGCUGCCCCGGGCCGCGGGGGCCCUGGGUGCGCUCGGUGUACCAGGGCGCGGUGUUCCUGCUCACCCGGGGCGACCAGCUCUCCACCAGCACCGACGGCAUCGACCACCUGCUCCUCGGGCCCAGUACUGUCUUCUUUGGAGCUUUCGCGCUGUAGAAAAUUCCAGAAAGAAAAAAAAUUGGUUUCAAGGCCUUCUCCCCAUCUUGCCUCCACCCUGACCAUCUCAAAGGUCACCUUGCCUGUGACCAUUCCAGCAGUCUCAAGUCUCCCUGCUCAUGUCACCUGGAGCUUCAAAGAAGGCGCCCUGGGCACCCAGGGUCCCCUCCCCAGCCGCCAGAUCCCACUGCGCUCCGGGCGCCUGGACGCUCCCACCCAGAGCUCUGCUCUGUGGCCCCGGCCGGCCGCGGCACAGGGAGGGCGGGGACAGGGAGGGGAGCAGACAGGUCCGGAGCAGG